AUGGCGGGUAUGUCCAUUGCAUGGGAAACUCGGAGGAGAACAGCUAGAAACUGACCAAGACACUUCUAGACUUUGAAAACGUCGCGAGUAUGCGCCCGCAUCUCUAGCCUCUUCCCCGAGCAUAUCUAAUUGACGCCCGUAGAGCAAUUCACCGAAUUCUACUACAAGCAAUUCGACAACAACCGCGCAGGCUUGGCUGCCCUCUACGUAUGAAAGAGCUUGAGAAACAAGAGAGAUGGAAGAGAGCGCGAGGCUGACGUAGCCCAGAGGGAUCAUUCGAUGUUGACAUUCGAGAACUCACCAGUGCAAGGCUCUGCUGCUAUCAUUGAAAAGCUCUCGGUAAGAGUGGAAUGUAACGAACGCCUAUGCAGCGGAGGAAAGCUGACGAAAGUCUCGCCAGUCAUUGCCAUUCCAGAAAGUCGAGCACCAGGUCGCUACUCUUGACGCUCAGCCUAGCAACGAGUCAGGCGGCAUUCUCGUCUCUGUGAGCGGCGCUCUUUUGGUGAGAUCUGACAUAAAGGGAGUUUGCUUCCAAGAGAUUCUGACAGCUAUCUAGGUCGAGGAGGAGAGACGCCCCAUGAGCUACGCCCAGACCUUCCAACUGCUGCCCGAUGGCCAAGGCAGCUAUUUCAUCUUCAACGACAUCUUCCGCCUUGUAUACCCCGCUGCAUAG